AUGAAUAAUUCAAAUGCAAAGAAGAAUGACCUCAGUGUCUAUGCUCACUUAUUUCACAAGGCGUUAACGAAGAACAUUCGAGUGCUUUAUUCGGAAUGGUUAACUCGAGCAUGUGCACAGUCCUACAGUGAUUUCGUUUCAGAGGUUCACAAAGUGUUCAGCCACGAAAUUGAACGAGCCAACAAAUACUACCCUCUCAUCCGUGAGCAACUAGUCCACCUUUUUGGUGAAGUUAUUGUCCAAUAUCAAGGGGACUUCCUAAGCGUUAGGGUUACCGAGAUGGUUAACACCAAACAGGAGGAUGGCGCGUUGAUUAGUAGUAGUAUCUCCACCAUCAUCAUUGUACUGCACCGACUCUAUCAGCUUCUCAGGACAACUAAUCGGCCGGCAACGUUACAGCCCUUACUUGUUGUACUCGUGAAAACGAAGGUCAGCUCCACUCUAGCCGGCAUUCCUAAUGAAAUGUAUGCAAGUUGUCAAUUGAGGGCAGUAAUGGCCUCUUGUUCAUGUGUGUCUCUGUGUAUGCGUGUAUGUGUGAGACAAAAUGGUUUCUUCUUGUUUUGGGUUCACACAUAUUUUGUGAGCAAAUUACUGGCAGAACGCGAACAAUUUGUGGAGUUGAUUGACCAAUCUCACGAGGGAGCUCCAUCUUUCCGUGACGAAAUGGACGAGGCUAUCAAAUAG